AUGUUCCGCAUAUUUGCAGGUUUGGAAGAUAAAAGCCUUGCUUACCUCGACGAUAUCGUGGUCUUCAACAAGGAUUCCCCUAGCCAUCUAGCAUCAAUGCGCAAGGUGCUUCUUCAGUUCAAUAUAAAGGCGAGGAGAGCAAGCCAUGGAAGAAGAAGAAGAAGCCAUGAAGCUUGGCCCGGUACAUUACGGAUGCAAUUUCCAUCGUCCACAAGUCGUGCUCUUAACACAAGACUGGGUCGAAAUAGAACAAUAUCAGAGUCUGCAGUAAUUCACGGAAAACAUGCCGCCACCACUCCUCUUGUUUUUGAACAAGAGCUGAGUAUAUCAGGCAAGCAACUACCAUCACAAGAAGUACCGCAAGCAAAGGAUGAAACGGUAAAGCCUACCCUCAUUGUGAACGAGACUUCUCUUGCUGAUCUUACGGAUGAGUUGAAGUCUGUGAGAGUUUCCAAAUCAUCGGGAGCUGCCACCGACUGA